AUGGCGUCUCAAGUAUUUGGUGGUGACGCUUUCUCGCCUCUGGCAGGAGAUUCUCCUUUGCCAAUUUUCAUGCACCACAGCUCAGCCGGGGACUGCCUGCCAAGCACCUCCCACGGCCACAGCAUGGUCUCUGCAGUCUCAUCCGGGCUGUCCCUGGGUCAGCCGCCCAAGCGUUCUCAAAUGCAGCUUUCCGCAAGCUCCCUGGCGAACCCCCUGGGCAACAGCCCCCCGAGCCUCCAUUACCCGGUCACACCAUGUCAUUACAGCAACCAGCAAGCCACCUACGGCAUCAUGGCAGCUCAGGAGAUGCUCUCUGCGAGUAUUUCUCAGACUUGUAUCCUGCAAACGUGUGGCGUACCCCCGCCUAACAUGGUGGGCGCUGCAAACUCGCUGCAAGGUUCACUGACACCAUGCUUGUACAAGUUUCCAGAUCCCGGUUUAAGCGGCAGCUCCUGCGCAUUAAGUCACGGUUUCUCAUCGCUGCCCUCCGCUCUCCUUCUAACUGAUGAGGCCCCUGGGGGCCCCGGUGUGGGCGAGAUGAAAGUUAACAUCCAGAAGAAGAGCAUCCGGGAGCUGGAAGACACCCCCGCUAUGGACUCCCCCCAGAUACAAGAGCUGGAGAUGUUUGCCAAUGACUUUAAGAUAAGGAGGAUCAAACUUGGCUACACUCAAACCAACGUGGGCGAGGCACUCGCCGCCGUGCACGGUUCAGAAUUCAGUCAGACCACAAUCUGCCGCUUUGAAAAUCUGCAGCUGAGCUUCAAGAACGCUUGCAAACUGAAGGCCAUUCUAGCCAAAUGGUUGGAUGAAGCUGAGCUCGCUCGAGCUCUGAACAAUGAUAAAAUUGGAAUGAAUGAGCGAAAGAGGAAAAGGAGAACAACUAUCAGCCUGGGAGCUAAGGAGGCUCUCGAGCACAGCUUUGUGGAAAAAAGUAAACCAUCUUCCCAGGAAAUAGCCCGGAUAGCUAAAGGCCUUCACCUGGAGAAGGAAGUGGUCCGAGUGUGGUUCUGUAACAGGCGCCAGAGGGAGAAACGAGUCAAAACCAGCCUCAGCUCCUGCUUGGCCAAAUUGAGUACAAACUGCUUAGGCCAGAUGAGUAAAACACAUCGGUCGAUGAUAUAAAUCAUGGAUUAACUCAUAAUAUUUUCCUUUAUAUUGAGUGUUUUGUCUGUAACCAAGCAAAAUUAAUGUUUUUUGUUGUUGUUGUUGUUGUUUUAGCACAAAAGGUGUGGGUGGCUCAACAGAAAAGAGAAGGGGAAAACAAAAUCUCAUUUUUAUAGCAUCAAGAAUUGUAAUUCACAUUAUGUCUUACUAUUUGUUUGUGAGUUGAGAUGCAAUUUUUAUUUCCCUAAUUAUACUUACAGUAGUUGUACUGCACAACACAUUAUUUAUAUUCAGAUGUAAUAUAUGAUAUUGUUUAGGAUAUUUAAAGUCAUUGGAGAGUGUUAACUCCACAAGUUGCUGUACUGCAAACUUGUGGCUGACAGGAAACAAUAAAAGGACCUAAAAAAAUGA